GCGCUUUACGGCUGCUAACAGUGGUGGAGUGAUACGGACUCGGAGCAGGGCAGACAUCUUUAUUACGCACGACGUGCUCCUUUACGUGUUCGCUGGUUGCCAAGGAGCCGGUGCGGCUAGAGAAGCGGAGCAGCUGGUUGGGUGGAAAGGAGCAACAAUUGGUGGAUUUGCAGAAGAUGGAAGGCGCUGCUUCCGCUGUUCCACCAUCCAGUGUGGAGAUUGAGGAAGCCAGAGAAAAUGUAGACCCGCCAUUCUCAGAGAUCCUAAGUGGAGAUUCCUCAAAAAGUCAUGGAGGACUUCAUGGUCCUACCUCUCAAAAAGAAGUGCAAGAUAACCAGACUCAGCGUGUGGAGCAGCAAUUGUUAGACAGUGGGGAACUUCCAGUUGAAGAGCAACCAAGACCUCGGCGUGGAGGGUGGACUAAAGGACGCAAGAGGAAAAGAAGCCCACGUGAUAACAAUGCUCCUAAAGCUCCACUGACGGGAUAUGUACGCUUCAUGAAUGAAAGAAGGGAACAGCUAAGAACGGAGCGUCCAGACGUCCCAUUUCCAGAAAUUACCAGGAUUGUUGGUAGUGAAUGGAGCAAGUUGCCUGCUGAAGAGAAACAGCGUUACCUGGAUGAAGCGGAAAGAGACAAGGAACGGUAUACAAAGGAACUGCAGCAGUAUCAGAAAACAGAGGCCUACCGAUCUUACAGCCGCAAGGCACAGAGUCGUCAGAAGGGGAGGCAGCAGAGGCAGGAAGGAUCCCGUACAAUCUCCAGUGACCCUGAGAAAGACGUGGUUCUGAAGGAAAGGCCAAUGUUUGAAAUUCCAAUCUUCACUGAGGAAUUCCUGAAUCACAGCAAAGCGCGAGAAGCAGAGCUAAGACAGCUCCGAAAAUCAAACAUGGAGUUUGAGGAACGAAAUGCCGCAUUACAGAAACAUGUGGAAAGCAUGAGAUCUGCCGUUCAGAGACUAGAGGCCGAGUUCAACCAAGAACAGGGGAGAAACACUCUGCUGCAGCAACACCUACAAAAUGUCCGCCAGACACUUACACAUUACUUACGGACUGUCCCUAUUCCAGGUACUAAUGAGACCCCAACCCAGGAGACUAUUGACUCUUACAUGAGCCGCCUGCAAAGUGCUAUGCUUACGCAUCCCAAGGAAAGCGAGGCGCUAAUCUCUGGCGUCCGAGAAGUGUUAAGUCAGCUGGAAGGUUGAAGAGGAAUCUCACAUCCUUGACACUUUGAGGACCUUCUGGUGACCUCCUCUGCAGAAAGAAGGUGUCUAGCCACAGUGGUGCAAAACUGUUGAGGGAACUCUGAGGACUGGAGCAGAUGUAAUCUAGUCCUUCUUCCCCUGUGCCGCUAACGGUUUGCAGCACUGCAUGCAGUAUGUGAAUAAAUAAUGAUUGCUGUUUUCGCUUGGUGUAUGCUGUCUUAACACUAUUCAAAGUAAACAUCCCUUUUUAGUGGAAA